AUGGAAACCUUGUCAGACCGCCCCUUGACUCAUAUUAACAAAAAAGGCCGUCCAGUAUCUCAAUGUACUCACUGCCGCGGCCUGCGCAAGUCUCGGACAACCCACACAAAGUGUGAUUGCGGCGACAAGAAGAAGAAGGAUGACUGCCACAUUACCGACAACCACAAUCGCUGUGGCUGUUGUCAUGGCCAGCGCUGCACCUGUGCGCUCAAAAAGGAACACCAUCUCGAUACUGUACCGGAGACUGGUCUCCCCUUCCCUCCACCGCUUCCAACUGAAACCCCGCGGAAACCUCCUCUUACGUCUACCAAAUCGGAGUCGACGCUCACGAUUUUCCGCGACGGUCACCAUAAACCCGCCCACAAACAUAAUGAUAUGGCCCACAAGUGUGGCUUACCCUACACUAUCCCACGGUCACAUACAAUCCACCAUCCACACGACGUUUCCCGUCGGUCUGUGGAUCACCUGCCGCUCAGCCAGUCGGCCUUCAUCAAGGAACCCCUCACUCUGUCCGAACACCCGAAUCCAAAACAGCUGUCGCAGAAUGGUUCACCCAGCAGCGCAUCAGCGUCGGGCGUCGAGGAGGAUGUAAAGCCCGCUCCCCUUGAUCAGUCAUAUAUGGACCAAUUCGUCGCCCCGACCCGCCGACCCUCGUCACUAGAUCGGUUAGAUCGGUCCCUGGAGGGGCAUGCGAAUCCCACGUCUGCCCCUUCCAACAUGGACAAAUACCCUCUCGAACACAUCGUCACUAGUGUCCCCCCUCUUGACGUCUCCUCUUUCUCCUCCUUCCCUACGACAAGCACCAAUUCUCCCGUCACCUGUAUGGCAUUCCAAGAUCCCUAUCAAGAAUGCUAUUUCACGUCCCCAGACUCUGAUAUGCCUCUGGGAUCCGCGGGAAUUGGUGCCCCUUCAGUCGAUUGGUCGAGUUUCCCCCUAUACUCCGACGUACCUGCUUCAACCAGCACCCAAGCUCCCUCUUACGCUAGCUUUGAUUACAACGGGUAUCCCUCGGGUCUGCCACCGCCAUCUUCCUCCGGUGAGAUCUCCGAGGCCGACGAGUUUGGACCGCUUCCAGGAUUGGGUCAUCAUGGCAACGACAUGCAUGAUUUGCACAGCGUGAGUGAGGCAUCUGACAUGGACCACCUUCGCGCCAGCUCUGCCUCGUCAUUGGUGGGUCUUCCCCAGACGCGACUCCUCUCAUCCAAUGACCUGGAUUCGAUCAACAUCGAUGACUUCCUGAAGUCUACCAACGAGUCCACCGCUGCGCUCGAGCAUCAGCUACAGGCCAGUAUCGGCAUGGAGACAAAACCUGUCCCCGCGCAUGAUAUGUACUCCGUGUCGCAUAUGCCCGAGUACAAGCCUAUGACGUCGGGCCUGAUGAAUAGCAUCUCCCCGCCGCCGGACUCGGCUCCCAUCUGGACUGGGGGUGUCUUCGAUGCGGGAUCGACCCCGCCCAUGGAUGACAACUUCUUCCAACACUCCUGGGCGCAGUAA